AUGACGAAUCAAGACAACCCAUCAACGGACGCGACCCAGGUUGAACACUCCCAACCUACGACUGUCGAGCGCCCGCCCCCAACCCCAGUUCCCGAGGCGGAUCCGAAACUCCUCGAGCAUGCGCGUCGCGAGAGCGCCGUCUCAGCGUCCCCAGAGGAAAUCGACGACAUCUUUAAAGUCCCGCCCGUCAUGGCGCUCGAUCUGCUUAGCGCCGGCAUCGAGGCGCUGGUCAACAUGACCGGCGACAUCCCGCCGACCCCGCCCCCACGCAGCCCCCCCAUUCCACACAUGCGGGGCAUGGAGGCCGAAAAGCAGAGCAUUGUGCGGUCGAACUCGGAGAAGAGCCUUGCGCGGUUGAGGCGAAACUCGGCGGCGAGUAUUCAGCCGACGAAAUUACCUGCUCAGCAUUCCACAGCCACACAAGCAUCGCAAGCAAUGACGCCAGCGCAGGAGGCGAUAGAUGGUGUCCAGUUGAAGAACCAGCCGACGCAAUUACAGAGCCAACUUGCGCCGUAUAUUAUUGUCGGGGAGAACUCACAACCCCUGAAUCUCCAACACAGCGCCAUCACACGCAAGUUCUACUGCCGCGUCCCGCCGCCAAUUUCUAUCACUGAUUACCUCCGGCGCAUACACCGGUAUUGUCCCAUGUCGACAGGUGUCUACCUCGCCACAUCUCUUUACAUUCAUCGCCUCGCAGUUGUGGAGCGGGCUAUUGCCGUGACGAAACGGAAUGCGCACCGAUUGUUGUUGGCUGGGUUGAAGGUAGCGAUGAAGGCGUUAGAAGACCUGUCGUACCCACACUCGCGGUUUGCAAAGGUUGGUGGUGUCAGUGAGAGGGAGAUGGCGAGGCUGGAGAUCAGUUUUUGUUUCCUGACGGGGUUUGAGUUGGCUGUAAGGGAGACCGUAUUGAGAGAACAUUGGGAGAUGUUGAGACGGGGCGUGGAGGUUUGGAAUAUUCAGGAUGAGUUGGUUGAGCAGGAGGUUGAGGAAGCUGGGAAGAGUGAAGGAGACGGUAAUCCCUGA